AUGGAGUUGAUUGAUGAUACUUUGCAUGAUGAUGAUGAUGAUGAUGCUGUACAUGAUGAUGAUGUUUUGGAUGAUGAUGGUUUGGAUGAUGAUGAUGGUUUGGAUCAUGAUGAUUAUGAUGAUGUUUUGGAUGAUGAUGCUUUGGAUGAUGAUGAUGGUUUGGAUCAUGAUGAUUAUGAUGAUGUUUUGGAUGAUGAUGGUUUGGAUGAUGAUGAUGGUUUGGAUCAUGAUGAUUAUGAUGAUGUUUUGGAUGAUGAUGAUGAUGGUUUGGAUCAUGAUGAUUAUGAUGAUGUUUUGGAUGAUGAUGACGAUGUAAUCAACUUACCAAUAUGA